UUAAAGCAAUACAAAAAGCUUCUGGAAGAGGAGCCGACAGACCGACAGACGAGCUUUUCCUUGGAAGCGGCUGUUUUCCAGCGCAAUUUUCCCAUUUUUUCCACCCUUUAUCGCCGGCCGGAAUCAAACAGGAGGCGUUUAUGGAGCCAGAGGAGCGUUUUUGGAUCUAACUUUCGACUUUUGACUGGGAAUACUUUGUGUUUUUGCGCGUCGGAGGUUCCCAAGGAGAGAAAAGACGAGGGGGGAGCUGAAUAAAAGCGGCCGAAGAGCGGUGCGGUUGAAGCGGAGCAGCUCGAAGCCCGUUCCCGGGGAGGGGAAGGGGGAGCCCGGGUCUGGAUGAGCGCCGAGCCGCCUUCCCCGAGCUCUCAGCCAUGGGGGAAACCAAAGUUAUCUACCACCUCGACGAGCAGGAAACUCCGUACCUGGUCAAACUGGCCGUGCCUGCGGAGAGGGUCACUCUCUCGGACCUCAGAAACGCGCUCAAGAAGCCAAACCACAAAUUCUUCUUCAAGUCUAUGGACGACGACUUCGGGGUGGUCAAGGAGGAGAUCACGGACGAUAACGCCAAACUGCCCUGCUAUAACGGCCGUGUGGUGUGCUGGCUGGUGUCAGCAGAUGGGUCUCACUCAGACGGAUGCUCGGUGGCUGAGAGUCAGUCGGAGCGGCCGCCCUCUGGAGAGAGAUCGCAGGGCAUCGGGGACUCCAGGCCGCCCUCCUUCCAUCCAAAAGCUGCAGGCAGCCGGCAUGGUGUGGACGAUGAGACGGAAACGGACUCGGUGGUGUCCCACAGGAGAGAGAGAGACAGACCCCGAAAGAAACAUUCGCACGAUCAUUCAAGUGGGAGGAUGAAUGGCUACUCACGGGUGGGCAGAGGGAUGGACAUGGGUGGCUACGACAGUCGCUCUUCUCUCAUGAGCAGUGAGCUGGAGUCCAGCAGCUGCUUCGACUCUGACGACGACGGAUCCACCAGCCGCUUCAGCAGUGUGACGGAGCAGAGCGGUUCCUCGCGCCUGAUGAGACGACAUCGCCGUCGGCGACGGAAACCAAAAGCUCAUCACAUGGAGAGGUCUUCAUCUUUCAGCAGCAUCACAGACUCCACAAUGUCCCUGAAUAUAAUCACUGUCACUUUAAACAUGGAGAAGUAUAACUUCCUGGGCAUCAGUAUCGUCGGGCAGAGUAACGAACGAGGCGACGGUGGAAUCUACAUCGGCUCCAUCAUGAAGGGCGGCGCUGUGGCGGCUGAUGGACGAAUCGAACCUGGAGACAUGCUGCUGCAGGUAAAUGAUAUUAACUUCGAGAACAUGUGCAAUGACGAUGCAGUCCGAGUGCUGAGGGACAUCGUGCACAAGCCCGGACCUGUCUCUCUGACGGUAGCGAAGUGCUGGGAUCCGAACCCCAACAGCUGUUUCGCUCUGCCCAGGAGUGAACCCAUCCGACCGAUCGACCCUGCAGCCUGGGUGUCCCACACCGCAGCCAUGACGGGCAUCUACCCCCCGUACGGCAUGAGCCCCUCCAUGAGCACAGUGACCUCCACCAGCUCCUCCAUCUCCAGCUCCAUCCCUGAGACCGAACGUUUUGACGACUACCACCUGUCCGUGCACAGCGACAUGGCAACAGUAGCCAAGGCAAUGGCCUGUCCUGACUCAGGGCUGGAGGUUCGAGACAGGAUGUGGCUGAAAAUCACCAUAGCCAACGCCUUCAUAGGGUCAGAUGUGGUGGACUGGCUCUUCCACCAUGUGGAGGGCUUUGCGGAUCGGCGGGAAGCGCGUAAAUACGCCAGCAACCUGCUGAAGGCCGGUUUCAUCCGCCACACUGUCAACAAAAUCACGUUCUCCGAGCAGUGCUACUACGUGUUCGGAGACCUCUCUGGCAACAUGGCCCACCUCUCCCUGCACGACCACGAUGGCUCCAGCGGGGCUUCUGAUCAGGACACUCUCGCUCCUCUGCUCCACCCGGCCGAGGCUCCGUGGCCCAGCUUCCCCUACCAGUACCCCGCUCCCCACUCACUGCAGGAUGGACCGCAGGCGUAUUCAGAGGCAGGAGGAGGCAGUCCCGGCAGCCAGCACAGCGAAGGGAGCAGCGGUUCGAACUGCAGCUGGAGCCGGACGGAGGGGAGGGCAGGACCGGCGGACCUCAGGCUGGCCGGGGCGAAUGAGACUGGGGACGCUUCAGAGUUCGACUUCCGGCGUGAGCGAGCGGCCAGCGAGCGCUCAGCCGCGCCCCCUAGCGAGGGCAGCGUGCGGAGCUCCCGCUCACACACCUAUAGCCUCAUGCACGGAGUGGCUCGAGGUGCACCGGGGUCGCCCUCGGGACGCCACCUCGCCCACGUACCCUCAGAGCUCACCAGCUCCCGCCGCUCCUGCAGCACCGCCAAUGGGGAGUUCUUCGUCGAUAUCAUGUGACUGGGCGGCUGUACGGGUGCCGAGGUGCCUGGAACCUUCGCCUUGUGAACUUGGAAACAUGACCAGGGAUCAUUUUACAGUUAGGUUGGAAAAGAGCAGUAACAGCGGUAGAUUUUAGAGUGAUAGUUUGGUGAAAGUCAGGUUUACACAGUUUUCUCCGGUACCUGAAAGCCGAGACGUGUUCGGUGUCUGAAGUUUGCUUCUUCAGGUUGGCACUGGAGCUGCAGGGCUAAUGAAGCUAAGUAAAGGGAGCUUAUUUAUGUAAGACAUAUGUUGUCUAUAAAAAUUAAUAAAAACUAAAUUUAGGCUUCAGUAGGCUGUGAAAGAUCAAAUGUACACAAUUUUUCCCAAUUUACAAAACACAAUUAUAAAGUAUCAGCUGUCUUAAAGCCAGUUUUGUCUUUGUUUAUAGAUAACAGUGUCAGAAACUACUUAAACAAGUCUAUGAAAGAUUUCUUAAAAACUAUACACAGUUUGAGGUGAAUGUGUGAUGUAGGUGUGCAGUUUGCACUAGGGAUGCACCAAUCAGCCACUUUUUCCCUUCCGAUACCAAUACCUGAUACUCAUGUGUCUGCCGAUACUAACCUUGUCUAGCCUGUCUACUUGAUAGUUGCCCAUAUAUUCUGAUAUUUAUACAACUCCAAUUUUUAAAUAUUUUAUUUUUUUUGAAAAUGUUCUGAUUCACAAUUAACGAUAACAUAUAACAACAAAAAACAUAUAAAACAUAUCAGUGUUGGAAGAAAACCUUGUAUCUCCAUU